CCUCCGGUCACAAACUGCGCAUGCGCUGAGCUGAAAACACCGACAGGAGUGAUGUUUUUGUGAAGAUAUUCAGCACAAACAAUGCAAUAUCAAGUGUCCAGCUGUUCCACUUAGAGCUCUGUGUGAUAAUAACAUUGAGGAUCAGAGGAUGGACAUGUCAGCCUCAGACGGAGCCGCAGACGGUUCUCUGGGCUCAGAAGAGAUGGAGGGCAUCUGUGUAAUGCCAGACCUGAGUGCCAUAAAAACCGAGCAGUCCGUGGGCGCCAGUCCAGACGACACGAGCACCCAAAACGUGGCCAUGGGCAUCAAAUUCAUCCUGCCCAACCGAUUUGACAUGAACGUUUGCUCGAGAUUUGUCAAAUCACUGAACGAGGAGGACAGCAAGAACAUCCAGGACCAGGUCAACUCUGAUCUGGAAGUGGCUUCCGUUUUAUUUAAAGCUGAGUGCAAUAUUCAAACUUCACCUUCACCUGGGAUCCAAGUACGCCACGUUUAUACGCCGUCCACCACCAAGCACUUCUCCCCCAUCAAGCAGUCCACCACACUCACCAACAAGCACAGAGGCAACGAGGUGUCUUCCACGCCUCUUCUGGUGCAUUCUUUGUCCAUUCAUCAGCUGGCUGCCCAAGGAGAGAUGGUGUUUUUGGCCAGCAGGAUUGAACAAGAGACGGUGAUUAAUCUCCAAGAUGAGGAGGGCUUCACCCCCCUGAUGUGGGCAGCAGCACAUGGACAAAUCGCUGUUGUUGAGUUUCUGCUCCAAAAUGGGGCUGACCCAAACCUCCUCGCUAAAGGGAGGGAAAGCGCUCUGUCCUUGGCCUGCAGUAAAGGAUACACAGACAUUGUGAAGAUGCUGAUCGACUGCGGCGUGGACGUCAAUGAAUACGACUGGAAUGGAGGAGCCCCUCUGCUCUACGCUGUGCACGGAAACCACGUGCGCUGUGUGGAAAUCUUGCUAGAGAGCGGUGCUGAUCCAACCAUUGAGUCAGACUCGGGCUUCAACGCGAUGGACAUGGCCGUAGCGAUGGGUCAUCGAAAUGUUCAACAGGUGAUGGAGGCACACUUACUGAAGCUCCUGAUGGGGAUCAGAGAGUGAAGUGGAGAGCGACCUCCACAGCCAGGAACACCGCGCUCCCUUCGCUCUUUUCUACAGUCUUGGAUCAGAUUAUUUAUAUAUUUGUGUGAUCCUGGCACACCUGAAUGUUUGUGUUGUGUGGAUUUUGACUUUUAACCCGUUUGUUUUUUAAAUCUGUUACACUCAGAUAAUCAGAAUACACGGACUUUUGGGAGUUUCUCACUGCGACCCAGCAUGCACUGCACUGUGAUCCACAGCUCCCAUGUGCACUACACUGUCCUGUAGGCUUCCAGCAUCAAUGUUUGUCAAUGUUGUUUUGUUUGAAUAAUUUAAUGACCUUUUUUUUUUUUGCAGAAUUGUGUUUUUAAUUGAACCUAAUUAUCGUGAAAUUAGACCCGUUUCCAGGUUCAGGGAAUUUACCUGAAGUCCAGGAUUUCUGCUUUUGACACAUUUCUGAGGAACAUUGGACAAUUUGUGUGAUUUUUAGAUGCUUCUUCUUGUCUGAAGGUUGUUUUAUUUAUUUAUUUGAAUGGUUCUGACUGUUUCUCUGUACAGUGACGCCACAUUUUA